AUGGCUCAUUCGACUACCUCUUCAGUUGAAACCAAUGGUCUUACAAAAGAACACCAUAAGGAAACAAGUUCAUUGGUUGUUUCCUUUGGGGAAAUGCUAAUAGACUUUGUGCCAACGGUCGGAGGAGUGUCGCUCGCCGAGGCACCGGCUUUCCAGAAAGCUCCUGGUGGAGCUCCUGCCAAUGUGGCUGUUGGUAUCUCUAGACUAGGGGGUUCAUCUGCUUUCAUAGGCAAGGUUGGAGCAGAUGAAUUUGGUUACAUGUUGGCUGAUAUUUUAAAGCAAAACAACGUCGAUACUUCUGGCAUGCGUUUCGACGCUAAUGCAAGAACUGCAUUAGCUUUUGUCACGCUUAGGUCUGAUGGCGAGCGCGAGUUUUUGUUUUUCCGUAAUCCAAGUGCUGAUAUGCUUCUUCAAGAAUCAGAACUUGAUAGAAAUCUCUUAAAGCAGGCUAGAAUUUUCCAUUAUGGUUCGAUUAGUUUAAUCGAUGAUCCAUGCAAGUCAGCACACAUUGCUGCCAUGAGCAUUGCCAAAAGCUCUGGUUGCAUUCUCUCUUAUGAUCCGAAUUUGAGAUUGGCAUUAUGGCCGUCAGCCGAGGCUGCUCGGAAUGGCAUAAUGAGUAUAUGGGAUCAAGCUGAUCUCAUUAAGAUAAGUGAAGAUGAGAUUACAUUUUUGACCGGAGGUGAUGAUCCUUAUGAUGAUGAUGUUGUUUUGAAGAAACUUUUUCAUCCUAAUCUCAAACUUUUAAUUGUUACUGAAGGAUCUAAGGGUUGUAGAUAUUAUACAAAGGAAUUUAAAGGCAAGGUUGAAGGUGUUAAAGUUAAACCUGUUGACACAACUGGUGCUGGUGAUGCAUUUGUUAGUGGAAUUCUAUACACUAUAGCUUCUAACCAAACUAUUUUCAAGGAUGAGAAAAAACUGAGAAAGGCUUUGUAUUUUGCAAAUGUAUGUGGUGCCAUAACUGUAACAGAAAGAGGUGCAAUUCCUUCACUUCCUACAAAGGAAGCUGUUUUGCAAUUCUUACUAGAAGCAGCUGUGAUAUAA